UCCAACAUUCUACUCCAAGUCUGCUAAUAAGUGAUAUCUAUGGCUCACUCUUUCUCUUGAUUUACCAUUUGGUUCUCAAUACCCUCCUCCCAUUCUUUCGGAUCAAGCAUUUGGUUCUCUGGAAAUUUCUCAUGUGGGGUAUCACCUACUACGUGUCUGCACAAGCGUCCCUAUACCCAAUCGAGGAAGAUAGAUUUGAUCUUGUAACUUGUCUUUGCAGUGAUGUUUAUACCUACCCUUCUACAUUUGUUUCUCUCUCUGCCAGAGGGGAUGGGCUGAGAGCAAAGGAAACUGCAAGGCAGAAAACCAUGGAAAUCUUUCUUUGCUUCAAAGGCAGUUGCCUUUUUGUUUCCUUAAUUGCUCUUUCUUUACUUUGUCACAGUCAUUGACACUAUUUAUUUGUUUUCUGUAUAUAAAUGUGGGAAGUAGAGGGGGAUUUAGCUGAGUUAGGUUGAGUCAGUAAGCAUGGAUCAGAGAACCACAACAUUCUCAAAUUUUGGAUUCAUAAUCAUUUUCUUAGUUUCCAAUUUUAUGUUCUUGUUUGGGAAUUCGAGCUUCAACCAUGUUGGCUUUGGUGAAUUUGCUGAUAGGCACUUCCCAUAUUCUAGUAGCUAUCAUGGGAUUCAUGAUAUGGGUGAUAUUGAUGGUGAUGAAUGGACAAUGGUGGAGAAGAAAGGAAACCAAUUCAUGGUUAACGACCAGCCAUUUUACAUUAAUGGGUUCAAUACCUACUGGUUGAUGGUCUUUGCCGUUGAUCAAUCCACUAGGGGCAAGGUCAGUGAGGUCUUCAGAGAGGCCUCUUCUGUGGGUCUUACUGUCUGUAGGACUUGGGCUUUUAACGAUGGCCAAUGGCGAGCACUCCAGAAAUCUCCUUUAUCUUACGAUGAAGACGUUUUCAAGGCGCUGGAUUUUGUAGUUAGCGAGGCCAAGAAAUACAAGAUCAGGCUUAUAUUGUCCUUGGUUAACAAUUGGGAUGCAUAUGGAGGCAAAGCACAAUAUGUAAAAUGGGGAAAAGCUGCUGGCCUGAAUCUAUCUUCAGAUGAUGAUUUUUUCUCCGAUUCUACUAUUAAAUCCUAUUAUAAGAAUUAUGUCAAGACAGUUCUUAAUAGAGUCAAUACAAUCACGAAUGUGACCUACAAGGACGACCCAACAAUUUUUGCUUGGGAGUUGAUGAAUGAGCCUCGAUGUACCUCGGAUCCCUCUGGGGAUAAAUUGCAGGCCUGGAUACAAGAAAUGGCAAUCCAUGUCAAAACAAUUGACCCAAAUCAUCUGCUGGAGAUUGGAUUGGAAGGAUUUUAUGGUCCCUCAGUGCCUGAUAGACUUCAGGUCAACCCAAACGCAUAUGCUCAACAAGUGGGAACAGACUUUAUUCGGAACCAUCGAGCUCUGGGUGUUGAUUUUGCCUCUGUUCACAUCUAUGCAGACUCUUGGAUUUCACAAUCAAUUUCUGAUGCUCACAUCCAAUUCGUCAAGUCAUGGAUGGAAGCUCACAUCAAAGAUGCUGAGAAUACACUUGGCAUGCCUGUUGUGUUUGCCGAGUUUGGUGUAUCAGCAAGAGACACUGGUUAUAAUGCUUCAUUCAGAGAUACCCUUAUCAGUACAGUCUACAGCACCCUUUUGGCAUCCACGAGGAAAGGAGGGAGUGGUGGUGGGAGCCUUUUAUGGCAAAUUUUUCCAGAUGGAACAGACUACAUGGACGAUGGGUAUGCCAUUGUUCUAUCCAAAUCCCGAUCAACAUCAAAUAUCAUUUCUCUCCAAUCUACAAGGCUUAUGCUCUUCAACUCCCUGUGUUCUAUGAAGUGCCAUUGGGGAUGCAGGAAGAAGAAUGCUUUGGAUGGCUUUCUUUACCUUAAUGAUCUUUGAAAUAAUGUAUUGAUCAUAUUACAUUAAUACAACCAACUUGGUUGAGAUUGUAAAUUUUACUUACCAGUCAAAAGAGAAAGAGAGAGAGAGAGUGAGAGAGAGAGAGAGUGUGUAAAUUUUACUGCUACAAAUUAUGAAGUAUUUGUCUAUUAAGUAA